UCUCUUUUUUAUAUACAGUUCUAUCAAAUAUCAGAAACCGGAGAUGCAGAAUCAUUCAGGGAUUACAUUAUUCAUCCUGCAGGGACUUACAGAUGAUCCUCGAUUCCAAGUUCUACUUUUUAUUUUUCUUUUUCUUACCUAUAUGUUAAGUGUUACUGGGAAUCUGACCAUUAUCACCCUCACCUUGGUCGAUGCCCACCUGAAAACUCCCAUGUAUUUUUUCCUUCGAAAUUUUUCCUUUUUAGAAGUUUCAUUCACAAGUGCCUGCAUUCCCAGAUAUCUAUACAGUUUGUUGACUGGUGAUAAUAUUGUGACCUAUAAUGAAUGUAUUGCUCAAGUGUUUUUUAUCACUUUCUUUGGUUCAACAGAAUUUUUCCUUUUGUCUACCAUGUCUUAUGACCGCUAUGUAGCUAUCUGUAAACCCUUGCAUUAUACAACCAUCAUGAGCAGUAAAGUCUGUUAUCAGCUCAUGCUGAGUUCUUUGCUGGCUGCAUUGAUACUCAUCCUCCCACCACUGAGCCUGGGCCUCCAGCUUGAAUUUUCUCAUUCCAAUGUCAUUGAUCACUUUCUCUGUGAUUCUUAUCCAGUUCUCAAGAAUUCGUGCUCUGAUACAACAUUCUUAAGAAAAAUAAUUGCAAUGUUUGCUGUGUUAAUACUCAUGACCACCUUAAUCUUGGUAAUUCUAUCUUAUGCUUACAUUGUCAAGACGAUUUUAAAAUUCCCCUCUGCCCAGCAAAGGAAAAAGGCUUUUUCCACUUGUUCUUCUCACAUGAUUGUAGUCUCUAUGACUUAUGGCACCUGCAUCUUUGUCUACAUAAAGCCACCUGGGAAUGAAGAGCUAGCUUUGGACAAGGUGAUAUCAGUGCUUAUGACCUCAAUUGCUCCUGUGAUGAACCCGUUUAUUUACACUCUGAGGAACAAACAAGUCAUACAAGCCUUUAAAGACUUUAUCAAAAGAAUCACAUUGGUUACCAAGGUGUAGAGGAAUCCUGAGUUCAUGAUAAAGUACAACCAAACAUUAUUUACCCUUAAGUCCCCAUCCAGGAUUCUAUCCUGUUUUACUUUUUCUUAUUAAUUAUCCACUUCUCUAUAGUCUGGUCACUUUUACCAUUAAUCCUCAACUUUUUGUUUCCAUGCAUACAUGGAUCCAGGCUCUCUUUUCUCCCCCAUGAGUUUUCUAAACCUCUUCCCUACUUUCUGCCACUUGAUUUACUGUUCUACCCUAUACAAGUCCUUGUCUUUAAAAGUAAGUUCUGGAUCACUGACAUCCUGAGGCCAUU